UUUUUUUUUUUUUUUUUUUUACUAAUAGCUUUAUUGAAAAGCGGGGGCACCAACUCACGUUGCAGAGUUGCAUAGCCAGAAAAUUGCAAAGUUUAAGAAGCAAAAGAGCAAAGCACUGCACUGCAUGUCAUUCAAACCCGAGGCGGUCUAUUAAAAGUAUUGCCUUGCUGGUGAGCGAACUUCUACUAUUUAUGAAGUCCACGGCUAAUCAUUGCAGAGAACACAGUGACCGGGAAAAGAACUGAGUACUAUUUACACGAGAAGAGCCGGUGCAUAACACAAGAGGAAUGAUGGGCCUCUCACAAACACUACUCGUUUACGUGCUAGUGUGCAUUCACCUUGGAGUUUCCCAGCAUUACCUUCGCCUCCGUCCAUCGCCCAGUGAUCACCUCCCCGUGCCCGACCUGAAGGAGGACCCCGACCCGGAGUACGACCCACGAGAGCAGGACUUGGCCGAGAGGACUUUGAGGAAAAAGCUCGGCAGUAACUUUGACCCCAAUUUCAUGUCCAUCAGCUCGCCAAUGCUGGUGAACCUUUCUGUGCCAGACAACCUGGUGAAGCUGCAGGGGCACAUGCCUAAAGAUAUUAAAAACCUGGACUUCACAGAGACCCCCUAUGGCAAACCGGUAAAAGUGGGCAAGAAAGCCCGUAGAAAAUUUCUCCAGUGGCUGUGGACCUAUACGCACUGCCCAGUGGUGUACACCUGGAAGGAUUUGGGCGUGAGGUUCUGGCCACGAUACAUCAAGGAGGGAAACUGUUUCUCUGAGCGCUCUUGCUCCAUCCCUGAGGGGAUGUCGUGCAAACCAGUCAAGUCAAUCAACAAGAUUUUCCUCCGGUGGUAUUGUCAAGGGUUUCUAAAACAGAAAUACUGUACGUGGAUACAGGUGCAAUACCCAAUCAUCUCAGAGUGCAAGUGCUCGUGUUGAUUUUCUCUAAGGAAGUAAUGAUGAUCAAGGGGGAAGUGGACUGGAAAUACAGUUUCUAUUGCACUGUUAACUCUCUACAGAGGUGGGCACCAUAGCAAAUCUAUUUUUUUAUAUAGCAUUUUAAGUGAAAUACCAACAUUGUACAUAUUUAAGAAAAAUGCAGCUAUUUUUUCCCUAAUUGAACAGGACCAUAUUUUAUUAUCAAACCUGAAACCUUGUUUUUGGGAGAACACGAGCACUUCAUAAGGAAGAGCUUUUUUUUUUUUUGUUAUUUUUUAUGAGACAUUUGAAGAUGGAAUGCAUAUGCUACACUUCUCCAAGAGGUGAACUUUUUUUUCAGUUGAACAUUGAUGCUGACUGUUAUUUCACUGCAAUGCUGCAUAGAGUAUUUGUAUAAUAUUAAUAUCAAUAAUAAUUAAAUUGUUUUAAAAAGUUGAGGUUAAAGAUAUAUAUAUACAGUAAAGGCGUGAACUCAGCUUUUUGGAAUACAUAGUGUUGUAGAAAUAAACAAAUCUGUACGUUUUAUUUAUUAUUUUAACGAUUGAGAGUAUAGAGCAUAAGGAAAGAGAAUAGCAGAGUAUACCAGAAAAAAUACGGGAGAUGUCUACUUGAAUAUUUCUAAAAAUGACAAAAAAUAAAUAAAAAGCAAAACAUAUCAGUGUACAUGUUAUGGUUACACGUUUUAGCAAUAAAGUCUAUCUUUUCAACAUGCAUUAGUGUCAAGCCAUGCUGCUUACAACGUGUCUAUAUCCAGUGGGCGUGUACACUGUAAAAAAUUACAUCUGUCUCAUUCAGUCUUGACAUAUUUCCUUGCGACAUGAUGGCCGGGAUUGUUUCAUUUG